UGUGUGUGUGUGUGUGUGUGUGUGUGUGUGUGAGAGAGAGAGAGUGUGGAGGCAGGGAGUCCACAUAGCGAGGAGGACGCCGAGCCGAGCAUCGCUCCAGUGGACAACACCUGCAUGAAGACUCCCGCCGUGGAAGAUUGAAGGAGAAGAGGUGGCAACCAGAGGAGUCACAGUCCUAACUUUCUGUGAGUCAGUGGGAGCCAGCAGCAAGAUGGCGAUGAAGAGGAGGAGGACGAUGCUCAUGCUGAUGGUACUGGGGCACCUCGCCAGCGCUUUGGAGGUCCCGCUCGACCUGCCGCAGCCCCCCACCAUCACCCACCAGUCCCCCAAAGAUUACAUCAUCGACCCCCGGGAGAGCAUCGUCAUCCACUGUGAAGCUAAAGGGAAACCUCAUCCCAGUUUCUCCUGGACCAGAAAUGGCAGCCACUUUGACGUGGAUGAGCACCCCAACUUCCAGAUGAAGAGCCAGUCGGGCACGCUGGUGGUGGACAUCAGCAGGGAGAGGGCGGAGACGUUCGAGGGGCAGUACCAGUGCACGGCCAGGAACAAGCAUGGCACGGCUCUGUCCAACAACAUUGUGGUGCGGCAGCCCAGGUCGCCUCUGUGGUCCAAAGAGAAGAUCAAGCCUAUCAUCAUCCAGGAGGGCGUGUCCUUGGUGUUGCCAUGCCGACCCCCUGCUGGCUUUCCUCCUCCCAUCGUCUUCUGGAUGGACAACAACUUCCAGAGGUUGCCUCAGAGCAAGCGGGUGUCGCAGUCUUUGAACGGAGACCUCUUCUUCUCCAACGUGCUGCGCCAGGAUUCCCGUGACGACUACAUCUGCUACGCCCGCUUCCCGCGCACGCAGACCAUCCAGCAGAAGCAGCCCAUCAGCGUCAAGGUCCUCAACCUGGAUGCAAUCAAUGACACAGUGGAUGCAAUCAAUAACACAAUGGCAGCUUUUUACAAUGACACUGAUUUAUUUAGUGAGGAUCCAGUAGACGAGAGGAGGCCCACGUUCCUCACCCCGUCCGUUCCCUCCAGCUCCAAGAUGGUGCUGCGUGGUCAGGUGCUGGAGAUGGAGUGCAUUGCAGAAGGACUGCCCACUCCUGACAUCACCUGGGCCAAAGUGGGCGGCGACCUCCCCGCCACACGGACCUCCUUCCUGCACCACCACAAAACCCUCCGCAUCGCCAACGUGUCGGAAGCCGACGCGGGAGAAUACCAGUGCACCGCCAGGAACAAGCACGGCUCUGUGGGCCACACCAUCGGCGUCACGGUCAAAGCUGCUCCGUAUUGGAUCAGUGGCGCGCCCAGGAACCUGGUCAUGGCCCCAGGAGAGAACGGGGUUCUGACAUGCAGGGCCAGUGGCACACCAAAGCCCGACAUCCAGUGGGCCAUCAACGGCAUGGCCAUAGAGAAUUCCCCGAAGGAUCCCAGCCGCAAAGUGGAGGACGACACCAUCAUAUUCAGCCAGGUGCAGACGGGAUCCAGCGCCGUGUACCAGUGUAACAUCUCCAACCAGUAUGGCUACCUCCUGGCCAACGCCUUUGUCAACGUUCUCUCCGAGCCGCCCAGAGUGCUGACGCCGGCCAACAAAGUCUACCAGGUCAUCAGGAACCAGCCGGCGCUCUUGGACUGCACGUCCUUUGGCUCGCCCAUCCCCAAGAUCACCUGGUUCAAGGACAGUCGUUCAGGCACCCUGGAUGCAGAGACUCACACCACGCACGACAACGGUACUCUCGAAAUAGGCGUGGCUCAGCCUAAACACGGUGGCAAAUACACCUGCGUGGCCCGGAACUCCCUGGGGAUCUACGAGAACCACGUCCACCUGGAGGUCAAAGAGCCCACGCGCAUCCUGAAGCAGCCCGAGUACCGAGUGGUCCAGCGGGGCAGGUCCGUGGUGUUCGAGUGCAAAGUCAAGCACGACUCGUCACUCGUGCCCACGAUGACUUGGCUGAAGGACCACAGCGAGCUGCCCGACGAUGACAGAUUCUUGGUGGACUCUGACAGCCUCACCAUCAGCGACGUGACGGAGAGCGACGCCGGCGUGUACACGUGCAUCAUGAACACCACUCUGGACCAGGACUCCGCCAGCGCCGAGCUAACCGUCGUCGAGGUCACGCCCACGCCGUCUGUCGUCUACGAGCGACCCGAACCCCCGACUGACCUUGAGCUGACGGACCAGGAAAAGAGGAGCGUUCAACUCACAUGGAUUCCCGGGGACGAGCACAACAGUCCUAUUCAAAAGUUUGUGAUCCAGUACGAGGACACGCUCCACCACCACAGAGGUCACUGGCACAAUCUGACCGAGGUGCCAGGAACCAAGACCACGGCGCACCUGAAGCUGUCCCCUUACGUCCACUACACCUUCAGAGUCUUAGCACUCAAUUCCAUGGGUGUCAGCCGGCCCAGUUUCCCUUCCAAGAUGUAUAAGACGGAGGCUGCAGCUCCAGAUGACAAUCCCACAGAUGUGCAUGGAUUCGGAACAGAACACGACAAUCUAGUGAUCUCAUGGAAGCCGCUGACAGGCCUGCAGGCCAAUGGGCCAGGACUGCACUACCGGGUGAUGUGGAGACAAAAGGUGAUGGACAGCGACUGGACCGCAGUGACCGUAGCAAACAACUCCAAGUUUGUGGUAUCUACAACACCCACCUUUGCUCCCUACGAGAUCAAAGUUCAAGCUGAGAAUGACUACGGAGCAGCGCCUGAGCCUGCCAUUGCUCACGGCUACUCCGGAGAGGAUCUGCCGGUUGCUGCUCCAGAGUCUGUGCAGGCCUAUGUGUUGAACAGCUCCUUGGCGGAGGUCCACUGGGAGCCCGUGCCUCACAAACUGAUACGUGGAUACCUCAAAGGCUAUAAGGUGUACUACUGGAGGGAUGGCAGCCUCCACAAACAUCACCCCCAUCACGCGGAGAAGCAGAUCCUGACGUUCAGCGGGAACCACAGCCAUGGGAAGUUGCCUGGCCUGCACCCUUUUAGCCUUUACUCCUUUAACGUCAGGGUCUUUAACGGCAAAGGGGAGGGUCCCCCGAGUGCCACCCAGCAGUUUGAGACCCCAGAAGGAGUGCCUGGAAUACCUUCCUCCCUGACGGUCACCAACACCAACUUGGAUUCUCUGAGCCUGGAGUGGCAGCCGCCUCAUGAGCUCAAUGGAGUCCUGACGGGCUACACUCUCAAAUACCAGCCAGUCAAUAGCUCCAAUGAGUGGGGCCCCGAGGAGGAGCUGGCCCUGGCCGCCAAUGAGAGCUCGGUCACUUUGCUGGACCUCAAGUUCAGCACGCGCUACAAGUUUUAUUUGAAUGCCAAAACGCACAAGGGGGCGGGGCCAGCCGUUACCAUGGAAGCGGUCACCAUCACGGAUGAAGCGCUCGUGACUCAUGGUGACGACCACGUGGGCACGGGACUCAGUGCCCCGCCGGCGAGUCCCUUCGGAAGCCUAAAUUCCUCCCUGGGCGAGGACGGGCCCCUGAUCAGUUGGGAGUACUGGGGCCUGGAGAAAAGCAUUUAUUUAGAGUACAUAGUGGACGACAGUAAGCAAGGUGAAGGCGGAGACGGAGUGUGGCGGCAAGAGCUAGUGAACGGCUCUCGGAACUUUGUGCUCAGGGGCCUCAAAGAGGGCCUCUCCUAUAGGGUGCGCUUGGUGGCCAAGGGCCACGCCGACCAAGAGCUCCACCGCUCCCAGGAGCUCACGGUGACGGUGCCAGCCGUGGCCAGCAGGCAGGUGGACAUCGCCACCCAGGGUUGGUUCAUCGGCCUCAUGUGCGCCAUCGCCCUCCUCAUCCUCAUCCUCCUCAUCAUCUGCUUCAUCCAGAGGAACAAGGGAGGCAAAUAUCCAGUGAAGGAGAAGGAGGACGCACAUACCGACCCAGAGUUCCAGCCCAUGAAGGAUGAAGACUGCACUUUUGGGGAAUACAGCGACAAUGAUGACCAUAAGCCCUUAAAAGGCAGCCGCACGCCAUCGAGCGGGACGGUUAAGCGGGACAACAGUGACGACAGUUUAGUAGACUACGGGGAAGGAGGAGACGGACAGUUCAACGAGGACGGCUCCUUUAUCGGAGAGUAUAGCGGAAAGAGCGGCAGCCGGGACACCGCCGAGGGCCACGAGAGCUCGGAGGCGCCGUCCCCGAUUAACAUCAUCAACUCCUUGAAUUCUUUCGUGUAGCCUCAUCUUCCAGGUGGUGUCAUGGGGGACAAUCUGGGAGGAAAACAUCCUCAGACUACAGCUGUCCUAUCUAGUCUUUGCCAGCGACUGGGAAUACAACAACCUGAAUGUCACACAACUAUGCAGUGCUCGUGGUAUGAUUACGAUAUACUUUGUUCCAAUAGCAACCAUCAAGUCUUUCUUCAUGUUUGAGAAGGAAAACACGCUAUUUCAAGUCUUGUAUGAACUGUAGUGUGCUAAAGUCUAAGGCCGCCCUUGGAUUUCUUGUUUUAACAACACCAUUACAUACUUGCCAACCCUCCCCAAUUUUCCGGGAGACUCCCGAAUUUCAGUGCCUCUCCGGAAAAUCUCCCGGGACAACCAUUCUCCCGAAUUUCUCCCGAUUUCCAGCCGGACAACAUUAUUGGGGGCGUGCCUUAAAGGCACUGCCUUUAGCGUCCUCUCUCACCUAAAAAGGAGUCCAUGGUUCGUGCCCGGAAAAGGGUGGAGUGCCAUUGGGGAGGAGAUCUUGCCCCAAAUGGGUUCAAGUACCUGGGAGUCUUGUUCACGAGUGAGGGAAGAGUGGAUGGUGAGAUCGACAGGCGGAUCGGUGCGGCGUCUUCAGUAAUGCGGACGCUGUAUCGAUCCGUUGUGGUGAAGAAGGAGCUGAGCCGGAAGGAAAAGCUCUCAAUUUACCGCUCGAUCUACGUUCCCAUUCUCACCUAUGGUCAUGAGCUUUGGGUUAUGACCGAAAGGACAAGAUCACGGGUACAAGCGGCCCAAAUGAGUUUCCUCCGCCGGGUGGCGGGUCUCUCCCUUAGAGAUAGGGUGAGAAGCUCUGUCAUCCGGGAGGAUCUCAAAGUAAAGCCGCUGCUCCUCCACAUGGAGAGGAGCCAGAUGAGGUGGUUCGGGCAUCUGGUCAGGAUGUAAACGCCUCCCUCGGGAGGUGUUUCGGGCACGUCCGACUGGUAGGAGGCCACGGGGAAGACCCAGGACACGUUGGGAAGACUAUCUCUCCCGGCUGGCCUGGGAACGCCUCAGGAUCCCCCGGGAGGAGCUGGACCAAGUGGCUGGGGAGAGGGAAGUCUGGGCUUCCCUGCUUAGGCUGCUGCGGAAGAAGAUGGAUGGAUGGAUGGAUAUACGUCUCCGUUAUCCAUAGUUUUAUCUACAACCCAUAAAGUAGGCAGGCACGGAGCUAUUUCUCAGCGUGUGUUUAUUCCAGCCGGCACGUUAAUACACUGACACACAACAUCCGGAUUCCCAUCAUGCAUUGCUUCAAAACUACGGCAAGUAGUCAUGUCCAAAAUUUCCAGCCGGACAACAUUAUUGGGGGCGGGCCUUAAAGGCACUGCCUUUAGCGUCGUCUCUCACCUGAAAAGGAGACUAUUAUAUAUGUCUCUGUUAUCCAUAGCUUUAUCUAUAAGCCAUAACACGGUGGCCGAACCUGUGAGGAACCACAAAAAUUGUUGCCAUAGAAACAAGAAAGCCAAGACAUUUGCACACUACUGUACAUACAGUACUGUCUAUGAUCUACAUUCUGUACAUGGUCAUUGGCCAGCAGGAUGAGGAUGUUGUCAUGUGACCACCCCGCAUGCGCUCUUGGAACUUCAUAUGAAUGAAGACCACACGGCGGCAUGUGCAACCCCCCCCCCCCCCCCCCCCCCUUGCCUGGGUUUGUCUUCAGGUCUUUUCUCCACAGACGCUACUAACUCCUUCUCCACGCUCCGGUGUGGGACGGACAACUUAGUGGAGCCUUCAAAGUCCCACACCAUUUAAAGAAAUUUAAAAUAAAUAAGAGUCAAAUUACUCAAAUGUUCCACACAGGGACAAAGAAGGCGAGUGCAGUGUGAUACUGCCCCCCUGUGGCCGUUUAUAGGUGUGGCUUCAAUCAUUACGUUAUUGCCGUGCGAUACUGCCCCCCUGUGGCCGUUUAUGGGUAUGGCUUCAAUCAUUACGUUAUUGCCGUGCGAUACUGCCCCCCUGUGGCCGUUUAUGGGUAUGGCUUCUAUCGUUACGUUUGCUAAAAAUGAACUUCUGAAGUUUUUUCCCAAACUUGUACGACAUUUGGAGCUUCCAGUAUACUUCAUACAAGGUGUGUGUUCUUGUUUCUGGACUAGGACUACAAACCAUUCUCACCAAGGACAGGAGUUGCGUAUAUUUUGGUGCAAAUCCAGGUUUGUAGGCUCGCUGCUUUACAGCAACAAUACCCCUUCUAGAACGUUUAUAAAUGGUUUCUAAGUAGCUAACAAUCAUGUUAUGAACAUUAACAAACACCAACAAUACCCCUUCUAGAAAGUUUAUAAAUGGUUUCUAAGUAGCUAACAAUCAUGUUAUGAACAUUAACAAACGAGAACAAUACCCCUUCUAGAACGUUUAUAAAUGGUUCUUAUGAACAUUAACAAACACCAACAAUACCCCUUCUAGAACGUUUAUAGAUGGUUCUAAGUAGGUCACAAUCAUGUUAUGAACAUUAACAAACACCAACAAUACCCCUUCUAGAACGUUUAUAGAUUGUUAUAAGUAGGUCACAAUCAUGUUAUGAACAUUAACAAACAAGAACAAUACCCCUUCUAGGAUGUUUAUAAAUGGUUCUAAGUAGGUCACAAUCAUGUUAUGAACAUUAACAAACACCAACAAUACCCCUUCUAGAACGUUUAUAGAUGGUUCUAAGUAGGUCACAAUCAUGUUAUGAACAUUAACAAACACCAACAAUACCCCUUCUAGAACAUUUAUAAAUGGUUUCUAAGUACCUAACAAUCAUGUUAUGAACAUUAACAAACGAGAACAAUACCCCUUCUAGAACGUUUAUAAAUGGUUCUUAUGAACAUUAACAAACACCAACAAUACCUCUUCUAGAAGGUUUAUAGAUGGUUCUAAGUAGGUCACAAUCAUGUUAUGAACAUUAACAAACACCAACAAUACCUCUUCUAGAAGGUUUAUAGAUGGUUCUAAGUAGCUAACAAUCAUGUUAUGAACAUUAAGACUUACCAGCUACUUCAAGGCAAGUUGGGUAUUUCAAGUCCAAGUUUUAUAAAUCAUCUUGCAGCAGUUUAUUAUAGUAGGCAGGGGAUUCAUAUGGACCCAUUGGUCUGGGUUUACCUGACACAUGAAACGUGACGAAUAGGGGGGGUUGCACGAUCCACGUUAGCCGUCAAGUGUUGAAUAUCUUCAAAUGUGUUUUGUGGCGAUUACAACUUUGACCACAGCGUCAGUUGCUAUGGAGGGUGGCACUUUCCACCGUUUUCAGCAGACUGUGUUGCAAAAAUAUUGACCCCCCCCUUCCUCCCCUUCCUCUCACACGAGAUCCACCCAGGAGUGGGCUAUAUGAAUCCCUUCCCUUGUAAAGCAUGAACGACCUGCUAAUAAGAAGUUAAUAAGACGUUCUUAGUAUGCUAAUAAGAAGUUAUUCUUAAUAUGCUAAUAAGAAGUUAAUAAGACGUUCUUAAUAUGCUAAUAAGAAGUUAAUAAGACGUUCUUAAUAUGCUAAUAAGAAGUUAAUAAGACGUUCUUAAUAUGCUAAUAAGAAGUUAAUAAGACGUUCUUAAUAUGCUAAUAAGAAGUUAAUUAGACGUUCUUAGUAUGCUAAUAAGAAGUUAAUAAGACGUUCUUAAUAUGCUAAUAAGAAGUUAAUUAGACGUUCUUAAUAUGCUAAUAAGAAGUUAAUAAGACGUUCUUAAUAUGCUAAUAAGAAGUUAAUAAGACGUUGUUGUCAAGUUUGUUUUCAACACUUCAGUCGUGACUGAGAAUCCUGCUGCUUCUUCUUUUGCUCUGCAUGACUUAUAAAACAAUGUCUGCUGGGCUCAGUCUGUUCACGUAGGUGUUUAUAUACCUGUACUAACACACCUGGAAGCCUUUUCAACGGAAGCAAGGUUUGCUUUUUUUUCUUCUUAACUUGCAUCAAGUUUGAAUUUUUUCCCAAUUUCCUUCUACAUAUAAAGUAUUUACCCUGUAGAAUAUUGAGGAUUGUAAAUAGACCUCCAUGGAUUGUACAGACGCCUGUUGUUGAUGUGCAUGGUUGAACUUGUAUAAAAAGCAACAUGUAGAGAAUAUAUAUAAAUAUAAAUAUGAAUAUGUGUUCUUUCUUGCUGUGCAUUGUGUACAUACUGUACCUUCAUCACACACACGCCUGCUUUUGUUCCUUUUUUAUGAAUACAUUCUGAUUUGUUGGCAUAUUUGACACGAAUGUUCUGCAUUGUUUAUGAAACAAUAUCUCACAUUUUUGUAUUUAAGACGCAGAUUUGUACUAACCUUCUUUGUCACUAUUUAAGAUACUUUAUUCUUUUUAGUGCAAGUAUGGAACCCUGCAGGAGAUGUUUUGAAUGAAUAAACAAUAUUUGCCUUCA